UAUGAAAAUGACAGCUGAGGAUUGAGGAAUUUAAUACUUGUCAAUUUCUGUAUUUUUAUUUUUUAGUUGAUAAAUCUUUUUUUAUCAAAAAAUAAAAUAGUUACUUAUUUUUGACUCAUUUAUCUUUGAAAUGUAAGAUUUAAAAGAGUUGUGUGCUAUUAAAUCUAGUAUUAUGAUAUAUGAUCCUAACAGAAUCGCGUUCAUGGCGUACUCUUACGAAAGUGCAUGAUUGGAAAUUGUAAAAACAAUCACAUGUACUGAGCAUAAGUAUGCCCUUUCAAAUGCUCAAAUUGCAGGAUACGAUAUCUACAUAUUUAAGUGUGUACAGAGCGACAUAAACCUCGAUAAACAUGGGUUCCAUGCGACCAUCAGGACGAUUUUUAUCGUUCGCUAACAACAUGCAAAGAACACAGAAACAAUCUGUGCCAAACAAUUUUCCACAAAGUUUAUCUGGUAGUGAGACAGAUGUUUCCACAUCUAAUGAGAACUUAUCUAGAGAAGAGAGAUAUGUUGUCCGACAUACAGCAAGGGUGGAACCUCAAGGGCAAGAAAAUCAAAGCCAAAACAAUAACAAUAGGAAUUCCUUAAAGGAUAGUGUUUCUGGAAGUAACCGCAACUCCCUGAAGGAUUCAGUUGGUGGUAGUAACAGCAAUCGAAGUUCCUUAGACGUGUCCUCUUCAUCUUACAAUACACUUAUAAUACAUAAUCAAGAUGAUUCUUGGUCGUCUAGACCUACGCCGAUUCGAGAACACGAACGAACCAAUAGUGAAGUGAAACAUUCAAACACACAAUCUUCACCAUACCAUACGCUUAAAAAAUCUGAUGGUACUAAGAAGCCGAGUGGUAUACCUUUACCGAAGAUUCAUAAACAACAAGAGGUUACUGCUAGUGCUAAUUAUAUUGAUAUUGGAGGUCAAAGGAUUUAUACAAGCCCUCCUGAUCAUGGCGUUCAGGAAAUAACAGAAAUCCCCGACGACUUUCUCAACCAAUCAUCGGUACUAAAGCACCUAGCAAAGGAAGUGGCACAAUCACCAACCCCCCGCGGGACCACUCCCCCCGCGUCACCGCACUCCCCGCGGGCACCCGUUAAAACAAGGGAGGAGCGGAUAAAAGGCAAAGCUAAAGCCAAGCUCAGUAAGGAGAAGUUGAACUUGUCGAGGUCGCAGCCGGAUUUGACUAGCGUCGGCGUUCGCGCAGUACCAGGUGGCUCAGAAUCAAGCGGCUGGUGCAGCGGUGGCGAAGGAUCUGUGGAAGAAGCUGAUGAUGCGUUCACAGCAGUACUAGAUGCAUUAGCUGCAGAGAACCACCAGCUUAAGAGGCAGUUGGCUGAUGCAUGUGAACGGGUUGCUAAGACUUCGAAGUUGGAAGAAGAAGUAGAAAAAGUCCGCACAGCGCAUGAAGAACUAGUGGGGUCUUGUGAGCGACGUGAGCGACUUGAGCGCGCUGCGCGUGUGCGUCUUCAGGCAGAUUGUCGCCGCUUGCAUGAGCUGAACCGUGCACUCAAGCAUCAGGUGGAACUCCUGUCACAAGGCGUGCGCACAGAUGGCGACAGCAACAGCGAGGCGCUGCGGAAAGAAUUGCAGAACAGGGAGAUGCUUAUCGCACAACUCAUCACACAAAACAAAGAGUUGGCAUGCGCGAAAGAACGGCAAGAGAUAGAGAUGUCUGCACAACGAGCAACGCUACAAGAGCAGCGCACACACAUCGACAUACUGGACACUGCGCUGACCAAUGCGCAGGCUAACGUCGUACGGCUCGAGGAGGAGUGCCGGCACGCGAGCGGGUACGUGGAGCGCGUGAUGGGGCUGCAGCGCGCGCUGGCGUCGCUGCAGCAGGCGUCCGACCGCCGCGAGCACACCGAGCGCAAGCUGCGCGCGCAGCUCGAGAAGGAGCUGCAGACGCUGCGCAAGCGCGAGUGCUCGUGCGGCGGGUCGGCGGGCGGCGGGUCGGGCGGGCCGGGGGGCGGCGCGGGCGAGCAGGCGGAGCUGCGGCGGCAGCUGCGCGAGCGCGACGAGCGGCUGCUGGCGCUGGAGGGCGAGUGCGCCAAGUGGGAGCAGCGCUACCUGGAGGAGGCCGCGCUGCGCCAGGCCGCCGUGUCCGCCGCCUCCAUACCCAAAGAUGCAAAAAUAGCGGCAUUGGAAAAGACGUCAGCAGAAUCGGAACGGUUAAUGGCUGAAGUGCGCAGUGAGAAGAUACGGCACAUGGACGAACUUCACUCCGCACAGAAGAAAGUCGCUGAUCUAGAGAGCAGGGUAAAGGAAUUGGAGUCGAAGGUAGCUGAACGUGACGCAAUGAUCAAAGUUCUGCAGAAACAUACGAGCGGUGCUUCACUGAGGAACAACUCCAGUCGGGAAGAAUUAGUGGGUCUAUCAUCGGGCGCGUCGUUCUCGAGUACAGAGGGUGUGAGCGGUGCGGGCGUGUCGGGCGCGCGGUACAGACACUUAGCCAGGCGUAAUUAUUCGCCGCACAAUGAUAAUGGCAGCGGUUGCGGCUUCGACAGCACUUCUCUCCGCUUGGAAGAGCAGUUAGCAGCGCUAGAAUCUCGCCUAGAGCGGCCCCCCGUACCCGCCCGUGGUUUAUGCUGUUUCCCCGGGUUGAGUAAUGUGGGAGCUCGAGCUGGUAACGGUCGUGGUGAAGAAGCAUUGUUGUUAGAACGACAAGGCCGGGCGUCACAACAGACGCGCUCGUCUAGCCUCCCCCCGCCCCCGUCUGCACUGCCGCGCCCGCCGAGGAAACCGUCUACAAGGAACACUAGAUAUGAUCGGUUGGAACAUAGAGAUGCUAGGAAAGACUCUGAUGGAUCGGGUUCGAUAGCUUCCACGGCGUCGAGAAGUUCCCCACUGCCAUACGACACUGUUCGCAAAUUGCCUUCAGUGCCUACAUCAGCCUCAUUGCCAGCGGCUGAAUCGAGAGAGUCCCUCGUUCGACCACGAGACUCCAGCCUGCCAUCUCCGUCCAAACUUGCCGUGUAUGCUGCAGCAAGACGUCGCUCUGCUGAAUCGGCAAAAGACAAUAAACGAACACAUCACUAUCGUAUUCAAUUCUAAGCAAUUUUGAAAU